AUGCCACAAUCUAAUGCAUCAAUUGAGGAUUCCAUUAUAGAAGUCAAUCCCCAAGUAUGGGCAGCCCCAGGGAAUCCAGCAAAGGCUAAAGGGAUACCCUUGAUAGAAAUCAAACUUAAGUCUGGAAAGGGACCAGUCCAAGUAAAACAGUAUCCACUCUCGCAAGAAGGGUGUAAGGGGUUGAAGCCCAUUAUUCAGGACUUGAUUAACGAAGGGAAACUGGAACCUUGUGCAUCACCCUUCAACACCCCUAUUCUUGCAAUCCCCAAGGGGCCAGAGAAGAAAAAGUGGAGACUCGUCCAAGACUUAAGGGCUGUAAAUUCUAUAGUAGAAAGCAGGUUUCCUAUAGUGCCAAAUCCUCAUACCUUGUUGGUCAGGAUUAACCCAAGUCAUUCUUGGUACUCAGUGGUGGAUUUAAAAGAUGCAUACUUUUCUCUGGAACUCCAUGAGAAUUCAAGGGACUUAUUUGCUUUUGAGUGGGAAGAUCCAGAUACCCAUGUGAAACAUCAAUUGAGAUGGACGGUUUUGCCCCAGGGCUUUGUAGACUCUCCUGUUAUAUUUGGCACCACCCUGGAGAAGGCCCUGCUUGAUUGGCCAGUCCCUGAGGGAGUCCAGCUUCUUCAAUUUGUUGAUGACCUUCUUCUGAGUGGGAGCAGCAAACAGGCAUUACAGGCUGCUACUGUGAGCUUGCUGAACUUUUUAGGAGAAAAGGGAUACCGAGUAUCUAAAGAAAAGGCUCAACUCUGUAAAGAAGAAGUUUCUUAUUUAGGCCAUCGAUUGCAUCAAGGGACUAAGAGACUUGCCCCAGAAAGAUGUGAGGCUAUCUGUCGCCUUCCCCUACCGAAGACAAAGAAACAACUACGAGCAGCCUUGGGAAUGACAGGUUAUUGUAGGUCCUGGAUUCUGGAUUAUGGCAUUCUGACCCAAUCCUUAAUAAAGAAGACAGCAGCCAGUGAGCCAGAACAAUUAGUAUGGAAUUCUGAAGAGGAAGCUACCUGGAAAAAGCUGAAGCAAGCCUUGAUGAGCGCUCCAGCCCUUGGACUAUCAGACCUGUCCAAACCAUUUGAAUUGUUUGUCUAUGAGAAGCAAGGCUGUAUGACUGGAGUAUUGACACAGAAGUGGGGACCAACCAUGCGACCAGUGGCCUACCUUUCAAGACAGCUUGACCCAGUAGCCAGAGGAUGGCCUGCAUGCCUUAGAGAGGUUGCUGCAGUCUCAAUGGCACUUAAAGAUUGCCUUAAGAUGACCCUGGGAGGAACAGUGAGGGUCCAUGCUCCACAUGCAGUGCCUGAAAUCCUCCAGCAGAGGGGAGCCAAGUGGCUAACAAAUUCCCACCUCAUCAAAUAUGAAGCCCAAAUGAUUGAAAAUGAUGGAAUUACUAUUCAAGCCUGUAACCGACUGAAUCCAGCCACCUUGCUCCCAUAUACAGAUGAAAAGCUUAUUCAUGAUUGCCUUGAAAAUAUUGAUGAAGCAACAAUGGCCAGGAUUGAUCUAAAGGACCAGCCUUUAGAAAAUGCUGAGAAUGAGUUCUUUGUGGACGGAAGCAGCUUUAUGGAAGAAGGAAAGCGAUAUACAGGCUAUUCAGUAGUAACUGAGCAUGAAACAGUGAAAGCGGGACCCUUGCCUGCUUCCUGGUCUGCACAAGCUGCUGAACUUCAUGCCCUUGCAAGAGCACUGCUGUUGAGUAAAGCUACCUCUGUCAAUGUGUACACAGAUUCUAAAUAUGCUUUUGGGGUAGUUCACGCCUUUGGAGCAUUGUGGAAAGAGAGAGGCUUUCUAACCGCCAAUGGAACUCCUGUGCAAAAUCAGGAACGGUGUGAAGCCCUUCUUUCAGCAAUCCAAGAGCCCAAGCAAGUUGCGGUGAUCCAUAUCAGAGGACAUCAAAAGGGAGGAUCUAAGGAGGCUCGAGGAAAUCGCCGAGCAGACGAGGCAGCCAAGAAAGGAGCAAAGGGAGCAGUGUCCACAUUGUGUCCUCUAGUGCCAGCAUUUCAGCUUCCUCCUCAACCUAAGUAUUCAGUGGAAGAAAGACAUCUGGCAGAGAAAGAAGGAGGAAUUGAACAGUCUGAUGGGUGGAUCUGUGGACCUGAUGGAAGGCCGUCUGCUGCGGCUGUCCAGCCACUCCCGUUGGAGUUUCCGGUCUACUCAUUCCAACCUGGUGAAUGGGUCCUGAUCAAGUCAUGCAAAGAUGAACCAUUGACGCCUAAGUGGAAGGGACCCUAUCAAGUGUUGCUGAUUGCUGACGCAGCCGUCAAGACCACUGGAAGCUACAAGUGGAUCCAUCACACCCGUGUUAAGAAGACAACGCCCCCAGUGGAGAACGAGGAAGCAGAUGACGGCGGGUCAGCCAAAGGCCUAGCAGCACAGACGGGAGCAGAGAACAAGGAAGCAGAUGACGGCGGGACAGCCAACGGCCUAGCAGCGCAGAAAGGAGAAGAAGACGAAGAGCAGACCAGAAUCACAGCAAGACAGCCAUCUAAAGAGUGGGAAGUCAUAGCAGGAGAAGGACUGAAACUCCUGUUUAGAAAAAACUGA